AAGUGAAAAGAGCGUGCCCUUUCUCGUAUUUGCUUCCGACGCGGAAUUUCACCGUUUAAGGGUGUAGAGAAAAAAUGGCUACAGUGGAGAAGGUUCGUAGAGCCUAUAAUGCGAUGAAGAGCUUAGGAAUAAGUGAAGAAAAUGUAAAACCGGUCCUCAAACGGCUUCUGAAGUUGUACAACAAGAAUUGGCAGCUUAUCGAGGAAGAUAACUAUAGGACGCUUGCUGAUGCCAUCUUUGAGUAUGAAGAUGAUAAGAAUGCUGAGGGAGAAAUGGAACCUGCACUGAAGAAACAACAGAGGGGAAAUGGUGAAGAUAAGGUGCUGUCUAAAGACAAAGGCAAGCGCGUUGUUUGUGAAGAAGAGCUCGAUGAUCCUGAUUCACGUGAUAAUGGAAAUGCAGUAGUGCCAUGGGAAGGGCAGCCUAUUGAUCAUUCCUCACAAGCUCAUUCUUCACAUAUUUGCACAGGAUCAGUUAAUCCUUCACGUGAUGAGGCCACUGUUGUCGCUAAAAGUGAGCCCAAGAUGGUAUUCAAUACUAUUGAGGACAUAACAAAAGGCUCUGAAAAAGUGAAGAUAUCCCUUGUUGAUGAAACUGGCAAUGAGGAUCUACCGCAUUUCCUGUAUUUCCGUGAUAAUGUCACAUAUGAAGCUGCAUACGUACAUGUAUCUCUAGCCCGUAUUGCAGAUGAGGACUGCUGUUCAGAUUGUAGAGGAGACUGUCUUUCGCCCUCUAUACCUUGUGAAUGUGCUGGUUCGACUGGAGGUGAGUAUGCUUACACCAAAGAAGGCUUGCUGACUCAAGACUUUUUAAAGACAUGCCUUUCUGCGGAGUCUCUGGAUAUGAAGCAUGCUGUCUACUGUAAGGACUGCCCUUUAGAGAGGGCCAAGAAUGCGGACUUGCCUGGGAAGUGCAAGGGUCACAUCUCCAAGAAGUUCAUUAAAGAAUGUUGGAGAAAAUGUGGCUGCGAUAUGAGGUGUGGGAACAGAGUUGUUCAGCGAGGUAUAACAAGGAAAUUGCAGGUCUUCGUGACAAGUGAAAACAAAGGCUGGGGAGUAAGAGCACUCGAGGAGCUGCCACAAGGGGCGUUUGUUUGUGAAUAUGUUGGAGAAAUCUUGACCAACAUGGAGCUGUAUGACAGGAACACUCAAAGCGGUGCUGACAAAGAAAGGCAUGCAUAUCCAGUGCUACUUGACGCAGAUUGGUCCACAGAAGAAAAUCUGAAGGAUGAAGAAGCCCUCUGCUUGGAUGCAACAAAGUGUGGCAAUGUUGCUAGGUUUAUCAAUCAUCGGUGUGCAGAUGCAAACUUGAUCGACAUUCCAGUCCAGGUGGAAACUCCUGAUCGCCAUUAUUAUCACGUUGCAUUUUUCACCAGAAGAAAAGUGGAGGCUCUAGAAGAGCUUACUUGGGAUUACGGGAUUGAUUUUUCGGACACAGGCCAUCCUAUCAAGGCCUUCCGGUGUCGUUGUGGAAGCAAAUUCUGCAGAGAUAUAAAGCGGAGAAGAUAGCUCUUGAUUCUGCUCAUUCAAGAAUGGCUGCUUCUGAUCCUUCUUGAGUUCCAACUUUGAGAAUACUCAUUUUUUAUUAUUUUGUUUUUGGGGGGAAUUGGAUAGCACUUUUUGGGGGGAAUUGGAUAGCACAUGGAGUAUAAAGCGAUGCAUAGCUAACAAGCCUAACAUGAUUUAUAGAAUCAGUAUGAGAAGUUAGAAACUCUAUGAUUUGGAGUUGGUUUUCUGAAUUGAUCCCACAUUGGGAACUAUUCCAAAUUUUGAUGAUAAUUCGAAGAUUUUGAGAUUUUGUUAUGUCAUUGAUAGAACUCAUUCUGUUAUGAGUUGGUAUAUUUGUAAUUUUGAACUUAUCCCACAAUGUUCAAGACUUGAAA